GCUUUCCUUGAAAAAGUGGGAGUCAGAUGGAGGGGCGGGAAUGGAGGUGUAACCUGUCAGCUGGACCCUUCAGUAUCACAAAUUUGUCCAGGUGUCUGAACGAAUGAUGCCAUUGAGCGUUCGGUAUACCCCUCGUGAUCAAGACUCAAGACUCUAGGAAACGAGGGAUGUUGAUAGACAAAGUGCGUGUCUUGAGACCAACAGACUACACCAUGUAACGGACGUACACAGCUGGUGAUGGCUGUGAUCAGUUCAUAGCUGGUGUUGAAAUCUAGCAAGGGGACGAUGACGUAAGUUCGAUGGAGAUUGUUCCGGCUUCGGCAAAAGGUGUCGUUGAAAGGCCAAAGCCCGGUCCUCGGGUGGCUGGGAACUCCUGGAAAAUUGACCGUCGUCGUCCCCCAGGGUAGCGCCUGUCUGCCACGAUGAAGUGGUGGAGUGUUCGUGGGUGCCAAUUAUUAUAGGCCCAAGACAAGAAGAGGAACCUCAUUAAUCAGAACCAAAAUCAGUGCAACCCUUCUUCACUCAAUACACUUUGUGCAACAUAUAGACAGGUGGUGAUCCAAAACGAAAGAAUCCAGGCAAAUAGAAACAGUGUGCAUAGGCAGCCAACGACAAUGCCGCCUCGCUGUGUAGAUAACGUCUCAGGUCCAGGAUUCUGGAUAAGAUGGAUUCCCCACAGGUGCUGGUGCGAAUACGCCAGCACCGACAGCCGCUGCUUCGGUGAUUUGUCUUACCCAAGCUCGUAUUGGCCUCACCUUCCUAUUCCCAAGCCUCACUCAAUGAGACCUUGGCUACACGAAUCCAACAUGAAAAGCUUCUCGGCGGCGGCAACCGCAGCACAAUCAAGUUGAUUACGGAUUCAUCUUGACCGCCAUGCCCGCGUAUUCAAACUCAUUGAUAUUCAUCAGCGAUGCCCAGCAACGCCCAGAAGUGCCCAGUUCUUGGGAUCGCAUCGGAAAGUGGUGCCGGACAGGGGACGGCAACGUGGGGACCGACCUGCGGUUCUAGCGCUUCCAGCUUGCUGAUGCUGGCGGGGCUUGGUACCGUUGGUGAACAAAUGCCAUGACAUUUUGUGGAAUUUCCCGAAGAGGUUUCAGGUGGUGAAGGUGAGGGAAAUCUGUUGGCUGAUGAGCCAUCGCAGCGCAGUGACAACGUGCUACGGAGUACACUACCUGAAAUCGAGAGCGUCGUCACCCCGACGAGGCGGAGGCUGGAGGUUCGUCGGGCGGGGAAGGAUCUGGCGGCUCAUCGAUUGGCGACAAGAGGUUUUUCACCAGACCCCUUCGUCAUCCAAGCAAACUUUUGGCCAAUCCAGACCCCCCUGCUCUCUAUGCCAAGUAAUCGCGGGGUCUUCUUUGCUGGGCAGCGUCAACUGCCAACGACAUCUGAGAGCCGGUGAUGCAAUGCAGGAUUGGGGAGCAAGCAGCAAGCGUGUCCGGAGAGAAAAGACAGCAAAAAGCUGGAGAAUUGCUGCCGAUAGCCAGGCGGGAGAAGACACUAAAAGAAUAGCGCCUCUCUGCUGGGUGAUGGUGUGCUGCAUAUCCUGUACUGAUGAUGUCGUGGUGUGGGCUUUUGCAGGUGCAUGACACGGUGGCACUCGCUGCACGUCUCGCUUGUCGGAGCGGGAUGAUCUGGCUUACCUGGGAUCGACCAAGGGACUUUCUUCCUGAUGGUCAAGAGAGAUCCUGAGACUGCAGAGCCCAGUCCAACGAUCCGGGAAAGCCGCACUGAUCAUUGAUCACUGCAUGCAGAGCCAGAACCUGAAAAUGUCCCUGGAAAGUGACAACAACAGGGAGAGUCUUGAUAUUGAGGUGUAAGAUGGGCAGGUGUAUUUUAACUCGGAGCUUUCAGGCGGAAGACGGGAAGUAGCAAUUCCAAAUACGAGACAUAUCUGGUGCCUCUCGUAUGGUCAGCAGUGCUGACUGAGCUCGUUUUUCUCAGUUGUUUACGAACUGCAGUUUUUUUUUUGGAUUUGAUUUUGCAAAUUAUUUUUACUAAAGGUCUUCAUUUUGGUUCUCCAGUCGAAUUUAGCUUUGAGCUGCCAGCUGUCACUUGUACUUUGACGGAAUCGAGGAAAGACAACGAUUCGCCUAGCGAUCGCCGGGGGAUCGAACGGCGCUUUCUUGCCAAAAAAAAAAAUUACUUGGCUCCAGCACUGCUCCGUACAAAACUUGGGACGGCCCCAGCCAGCGUCAUCCAGUCUUCAGACCUCAUAUCCGUAGCAAAGAGCUUCUUCGUCUUUAUUCUGUCCCGAAGCCUCCGUAUCCCGAAACGACAUUGCCUAAUGGAGCCGCAACCGACCGAACACUGAACAGCCCUCAAAAGUCCCAGACCAUCGGAAACCCCCCCUUGGCGCGGAGAAGGCAGCACGGCAAGAUUAAUUCAGGAGAAAGAAGCUUCCUCUGCCUCACCUCCACUUCGUUUCUCGUCUUUUGCAUUCAUUCCGCUCCGGCUACCUCCCAAACCCGCAUCUUCCCUGCGACAUCACCUUUUUUCGUUUCCCUUCGUUCGGUGCCGGAGCUUCCGCGGCACAAACAUCCGUUCGACAUCCAUCAUGGCCCGCCAGGGACGAGUGCGCUCGUUUAUAGCCCAGUUCACACCUCGCAGGGAUUCCGGGACCCCUACACCCGCACCUGCAUCACCACCCAAGAGCAUCGAAUCCUCCUGCCAGUCGUCCCCGAUCCCGUCAAAACCGGAUUCUAGGCUCGACACCUCCGUCACCUCACCUUCCUCGUCGCCACCCUUCCAGACCUCGCCGACACUGCAACGCUCGCCGACGCUGCAAGAGUCCUCCGAGAGCGAACUGCCGCCAGACUCGACUGCCGAAACAACACCCAUCUCGUCUCCUGAAGACGAACAUGCUCCAGUGGUAAAACGGCUGCCACCGUCUCCCCCACCAAGCCCUCGACCUAAAGCGAACCGACGCGAGAGACCUCGCUCCCUCUCGCAAACAUACCGUCCGCUCAUCAUGGAAUUGUCUAGUCAGACCCCAGCAGAGUUUCUGCCCAUUUUUAGCCUGCUAAACAGUCACUCCAACAAGCUGUAUCAGGAGGGCUACUUUCUCAAGCUUGACGACCAAGACAUUAAAGGAAAACCUAACCCCGAUCGAACAUGGACCGAGUGCUUCGCUCAGCUUGUCGGCACUGUGUUGUCGUUGUGGGACGCCGCCGAGUUGGAUGCCGCUGGUGACGACGGGGAGGUGUUGCCCAAGUUCAUCAACUUGACCGAUGCUUCGAUCAAGAUGAUCGAAUCGCUUCCAACAAGGUCCGCCGAUGAGCAGCCAUUACAAAAUAUCCUCAGCAUUAGCACCGCGGGCCGGAAUCGCUAUUUGCUUCACUUUAACUCGCACCAUUCUUUGAUCCAGUGGACUUCCGGCAUCCGGUUGGCCAUGUAUGAACAUUCGACACUUCAAGAGGCAUACACGGGCGCCGUGGUGGCCGGCAAGGGCAAGACCCUCAACAGCAUCAACAUCAUCAUGGAACGCGCCAGGGUUCCCGUUCAGGAAUACGUCCGUGUAAGGUUCGGUGCCGGUGUUCCCUGGAGACGUUGUUGGUGUGUGAUAGAACCACCCAGCGAGAAGGAGUAUCAGAAGGCACAAAAGGAGCACAAGAAGCGUUCUGCCUAUGACCGAUCACAUGCACCCAUCUUAAAGGGUGAGAUCAGGUUCUUCGACACCAAGAAGGAGGCCGAGAAGAAGAAGAAGCACCAAAAGCCAAUAGCGACCAUCACCGAUGCCUAUGCAGCCUACGCUAUUUACCCACAGGCCAAGGCGCUGAUCGAUGGCUCGACUCUGCUGAAAAUUGAGGGUGAUAUCCACAUCCACUCCGAACCACCAUCGUCAACCGAGGGCUUCGUCUUCAUCAUGCCCGAGUCGCAUCCGAUGGUCCCUGGUUUUGAGAUGUUGCUGCGCUUCCUCUUCCCAACCUGGGACACGUUUGGUCUGUACGGUCGUCCGGGUCGGUUGUGUGCAAGCCCUAGAGACUCGCGCUCCCUCAUGUUUGCGAUGCCAAAGCACAAGAAAUAUGGAUAUCUCGAGUUGCUUGAUGUCAGUGGGCUCAUCACCACCGACGGAAGCUCUUCUUGGUCGGAGAGGGAGUGGCGCAAGAAGUUGAAAGAGCUGACGGGGACUCGCAUGUUGGAUAUGGAGGCCGCUGGAGAUACCGCAAGCCAAAGCAGCAAGCGGCUAAGCCAGGGCGGACAGUCGAAGCCGAGAGUAGGUUUUGCAUCGGAUGAUGGAAGUUCUGGGCGGUCAUCAAGGUCCAUGUCUGUGACUCGGCCGGGUACGCGAACAGACUCUGCACCUCCAGAUGCCAACAGGGAGAGGGCACCAUACGCUAUGGCCGGUCAUGGCAAGCACACGCGCAACAUCUCGGAUACCCAGCUCGAGAACCACUCACCUUACCCUUAUGAUGUGGAUCAUCACGCAGUCGGCCCUUCGGCUAUGCGCCCCGCUGACCGAGCCAGGACAUUUGCAAGCGAUUUGGCGCCCACCCCGGAGAGGGUCAGCUCCGAAGAUGAAUAUCCUAAAGGCAUGGCUGGCUACAACCUGAACGAAAUGCAGCGGAUGAUGACCCCCGAGCCGGUCGCUCCCCCUCCAGCAUUUGCUCAUGGCGCAGAAUCUCGGCCUUAUCCCAAGCCCCAACCUUCACCUGAGUUGCGUCGGGAACACAACAGGUUAUCCGACACUACGCUUUCCCAGCUGGCCAACGCAGGAGGCUUGGGACCUGGAGGAUACCCGGAUGAGCAGCUGCGCGGUGACUACACGAUGAGCCCGCAAUCUGGAUACAACGGCCCACGAGGUCAACCGGUACAGACACAAACCACCAGCGCCGUUACCAUGAAAUCAGAUGCUAAUUACAAUGGAUCUCGUGAAGUUUUGACAGCUCCUACUACCUACCAAGGCUCUCCUGGGUCCCUUUCACCGCGCCUGGAUUCGUUACAAAACCAGUCAGAUUCUCCCCUAAAACAUUCCGUCCUAGGUCCCGAUAGCAACACCACGCGACACAUGAACUCUGGUCCAUCAACCGGCCCCUCUCCCACUGACUCCGGUAUGCGCCCUGCACUGAGUCAACAGCCACAUGGAAAUCAAACAACACAGUCUUCGGGCCCUCCUAGCGGCCGGCAGACCCCACCACCUUCCAGGGCUGAUAUGGCGUUCAAUUUUCCAGAAAGGUCCCCGAUUCAUCGUAAACCUCUGCUUGCUAGAACCACCAGCCUACAGCACAAGAACCAGGAACCAGUCUCUCCCAUCUCCUUUUUCCCGCCCCCUCCAAACAGGUCAGAAAGUCAUUCCGAUGAUGGCGCUUCUACAGUAAGCCCUGAUUACGCUAGCACGCAUCGGGGUUCGAUAGAACUGCCAGUGAGAUCAACGGAACGGCCGCGGAUCGGCGUGCUCAAGUCCACGGGUGAGGAUGCGCCUGUUUCUGGUGACAAGGCUGGAGAAGGGUACAAAAUUCCAGAUAUCGAUUUUGGGCGGACUUUGAACUAUGGAGCACUUCCACCUGGGAAGGUGUUGUCGGCACCAGGCUCUUCACACGGAGCUGAUUCUGGAUCUGGAAUGGAAUCUCCACGUCAUGCAACCACACCCUCUGGUAGAAAAUCUCCUGGCCCUGGUCCUGCGUAUUGCCAUCGGCGUCAAGAAUCGAGCGAUUCCUUUCGUCGAAGCGUGGCCUGGCAACCGGGUGUCGUACCAGGCCCCAGCACAUCCAUUAAUAGAUCAAUUUCCCCUGAACAGUUUGUCCAACAACGUGCGACUAUGCAUCAGCGUAACCCCUCGGGCUACGCUCUCAACGAGUUUCGAGCGGGUACCCCUACAUCCCCAUACAAGCGGCCAAACAGUAAUCCAGCAUCCCAUUCGCGGUCGAAUUCGGCUGACCUACUCUCAUCUGGUCGCCCUGUGAGCCAGGCUGGGAUGCUUGCUCUGUCCAGCGGCGAAGUCUCGUCGCACUUGUCGGCACGCGAGCAAGAACACGUCGCGAGGAUGACGGGCAGCCCUCUCAUUGCCAUCGCUGGCAAAAAGAACGCUCCCCAGGCCAAGGUUGGCCUGGUCGGUGCAAUUGAGGCGCGCGAGCGUGAAAGGGCUCAGAUGAGGCAAGGGAUCGGUGGCCAAGCUGUUGCGCAUGCUAUUGAUCAACGAAAUCGGGAGCAGCAUCAGCAGGCGCAGCGAGCUGCCCAGGCUGCUUUCGCUCAGCAACAGGCUCAUUUUGCAGCUCAAUACCAAGGCUCCCCUCGCCCCCAGUUUCCCCUUCAGUAUGGGCCACAGUCAUGGCCUCCCCAAGGGAUGUCUCAGCAUGGCUCACUGAGUGGCGCGCCUCCGGUUAACCAAGCGUUUGCGUCUGGCGGUGGAUGGGGACAGCAAGGGCAAAUAGGGUUAGGAAUGAGCAACUCGCCGCCAUUACAGGCUCCGUUUGCAGCGGCUACGGUGCCCGGCGGUCCUCGAUCUGGGACGCCGGGAAGAAUGACGUUUCAAGGCCAGGCUUUUUAGAAGAGGGUCAAGGUCAAGGAUUUGGUGAAGACAUUUGAGUCGGAUAGCGGCUCGAGUUGAGGCUGCGAGUAGCCACAGGGCGGGGGACGGGUUUGACGGUUGAACGACGUGCAUGCAAGCAGAUGACAUUCUUUCUAUUGAGAUAACGACAGGAUAGAUCACGACAGGGCUUCCCAACAUUUCAUACCUACGAGUUAGCUUGGUUUUUUACACACUCAAAAGUUUCUCCAGAGCAGGCAACAAUUUUGGAUUUUUGGGCCACACGGCGUUGUUUUUUUUCUUUUCUUGGAUUCAAGGGUGGAUGUUGUGGUUUCAGAACAUGGCCAGUUGAUGGGAGCAAAGUGGAAGGCUAGAUUGCCAGGAGCAUUAUGGUUAGCGUUGUCCGGGUUUUCAUCCAUACAUUCAGCUUUAUCAUUGCUGCUUUGGCGUUUGGUCUUUUUUAGUUGUACUUAGUUGUACGGCUGUGCGGCGUUCAUACCGCACGGUCCGAUAUAAUAAGGUUGUUUCAACUGUUCAACUUGUUGCCAGAGUCCGUCGAACCACUGUGACAUGUUGAGAUCGGUUGUGUAAACGAUGGUCCUGUUCAUCUAA